AUGUCGAAAACUUCGUUUUUCACUGUGAGAAAUUGUUUUGAACAAAGUUAUGCAGUAAUAUGGAACCCAGCAAAACGGGUGAAACCUCCGAAACCCGUAAUGGCACACAAACCCCCCUCACUCGUUCCGAUUCAGUUCGCUCCAUCCUACUAUGCUACCAUAUAUGAACGUCUACACGAAGUCUCUCCCAUCCUAAACUCUCACAGUUUUCUCUCAUCCCUUUGCGUCCUCCUCUCUCUCGGGUCUUCCUUAUCUCUUUGCGCCUCACUCUUUCUUCGUCGUUUUACUGAUUGUUUGCGGGUUUACUUGCUGUUCGUUUCUCUUGGAUUAAUAGUCACCUCUGUUGAUAUGUCUCUUGAUGAUAUUAUAAAAAAGAAUAGCGAGAGAGUGAGAGGACGGGGUAGGGGUGGCCGUGGACCAAGUAGCUCCUUGGGUGGCGAAAGAAUGACUGGGCCAGUUCGAAAAGGUCCCCUUGCAGUGAAUGCUCUUCCAUCAUCCUACAUGAUUGCCAAGCCUGCUCGCAGAACCAGGAGUUUUCCAUGGCAGCUUAAUUUGUUUGAAGAUAGCCUAAGAGCUGCUGGGAUAUCUGGAGUUGAAGUCGGCACAAAGUUAUAUGUUUCCAAUUUGGACUCUGGGGUGUCCAACGAAGAUAUAAGGGAACUUUUUUCGCAGAUUGGGGAUCUGAAACGUCAUGCUAUUCAUUAUGACAAAAAUGGUCGACCUGGUGGCUCUGCUGAGGAGGUAUAUGCUAGACGAAGUGAUGCCUUUGCGGCACUUAAGCGAUACAACAAUGUUUUGCUAGAUGGAAAACCUAUGAAGCUUGAAGUUGUAGGCGACAAUGUGGAAAUUCCUGUUUCAGCUCAUGUGAAUGUAACCGGAGUAAAUGGAAGGAGGAAGAGAACAGUUGUUACGACGUAUGUAAUUUUAUCUUAUUCUGUUUUGUUCGAAUUUAGGUUUUGCAAGAAGUUGAUUAGGGUUAAAUGCCAUUCAAUUAAUAGGUGAUUAUAUUUCUUUCUACCAGUUAUUUUUUUGCUUUCUAAAAAUUUGUGCCUGCCAGUUCAAGUACUGCAGGGACUUAACUGUUCUAGUUUAAAGUACUCCUGUUUCACUGUAGCUUAAGCAUGAAAGUUGAUGGUGCUUAAAUUGUUGAGCUAUGUGAAGAUGGCUACAUUGGAA